ACAGCCAUGCGUAUUUUGCUCAUUUGUGUGGGACAAGAAGUUCUCAAGGCUAUCAGAAAAAUGCAACCAAGGAGAUUGAUCCCCAUCCCAGGAAGAACGUAGGUAAAGUAGUGGUGAAGAAGGUGGGUAGUGGCCUCAAACAUAUUGGCAAACAGAUGGUACUGAAACCUUCUGUAGUCAUCGGGAGUGAAGAUGAUCAUGCACUCUAUGAUAUUGAUGAAGCUGAUGAUAUAUCCCUCUUAAUGGCUGAUGAAGUAAGUGGAAUGUCACAGUCAGUCAGUAGUCUGGAGGGCUUGACGUCAAGUUUCCGCGACCUCAGUGCAUGGAGAGUGAGCAUCCCUUGUGUGGAGCAGCGCCUUGACCAUGUCAACAAACCGUACUAUGCAUUUAUAGUGGAUGUUACCAGAAUUGAUGUUACUGGAGCUGAGUUGCCGGAAGAAGUACAUUGGGAAGUGGAGAGAAGGUACCAUGAAUUCUACAUACUCGAGAAUAAACUGACAGAGUUUCAUGGAGAUUUUCAAGACAACCAGUUGCCGCCGCGCCGGUCACUCUUCACCUCUAAAGACAUUGGUUUUAUGCAGACACGACGGCAGGUCAGCUCUGCUUAAGACUACAGUAAUCCCAUCAUUCAUAAAAGCUUCAACUAGCUUCCAUAUACAUACUGUAUUGCUGCUUCAUAACUAUUUCAAAACUUUUUACUUGUUUACUUCUAUAAUUUUCACCUAGUAAUUUUACUGUAUUAAUUGUGGCACUUUGAAUGAUGUGUAUCACUCAGGUUAAGUACUAUUGAAUCUGGAUAGUUAGUGAAGGGACGAAUACUAGGGUAGUCUACAAAAAUGAAAGCUUGAAAAUGUUAUUUUCUCUUUAUGUUCCACUCAAAGAGAAAACAUUCCACACCAAGUUUUUUUGAGGUUCAUUUAUGGGUGAAAAACCUUGAACUUUUGCCCCCAUAAAAUGGGAAUCCUUGUUUUCUCCAAAGAAAAUGAAGUAUCAGGAAAGAAAUGAAGUUUAUAUUCUAAAAAAAACAAAAAGCUAGAGUAAUUUUUAAUAAUAGCAGAAAACAGAAAAUGUAAGAAUAAUUGUAGCCCUUAUCAGUACAAUACACUUUUUAUAAAAAUGUGGUUCAUGAUGGUCAAGAGCAACCAUAAUUACUUUU